AUGAGACUCCUCCGCUUCCUCUCGGGGCUCCUCGCCACCGUCGCCAGCGCCAGCGCCAGCGCUAGCGCCUCCUCCCCCACGCCGCCAGAGCCGGCAAAGGCACCAUCCUCACCGGCCCCUUCGCCAACGACCUCAACGGCUCCAACUUCACCUACCCCUACCCAGUACAGCUCUACCGCUUCGUCUCCCAGGGCCGCGAGGUCGAAAUGGCCUUCAUGGACGUCGCGCCCACCCUCCCGGUGCCGCCCCACCCCGUGCAAGACCGCCGUCCUCCUCCACGGCAAGAACUUUUGCGGCGCAACGUGGCAGGGCACCAUCGCCGCCCUCAGCAAGGCCGGGUACCGCGUCAUCGCCCCCGACCAGGUCGGCUUCUGCAAGUCCUCCAAGCCCGACUGGUACCAGUACAGCCUGCACCAGUUCGCCGCCAACACCGCCGACCUCCUCGACGCGCUCGGCCUAUCCGGCGGCGUGAGCGUCAUCGGCCACUCGCUCGGCGGCAUGCUCGCCACCCGCUUCGGUCUCAUGUACCCGGACCGCGCCGCCGAACUCGUUUUGGCCAACGAGGCCGCCUCCACCUACCAGUCCAUCCGCGGCUACGAGCAGGCCGCCUACUACCUCGGCUCCUGGAGCGACGCCUACGACGUCUGGGUCAAGAUGCUCGUCAACAUCUACUACGGUAGCCAGAGGGACGCCUUUGUCCGGAUCCAGGCCCGCAUCGUCGACCUCGUGCUGACCCAGCCGAUCGCGCACGAGUUCUCCCGCCUCCAGCCCCGGACCCUCCUCAUGAUCGGAGAGAAGGACAUCACCGCCAUCGGCGCCCAGUGGUCUCCUCCCGAGGUCGCUGCCAAGCUCGGCAAGUUCGACAAGCUGGGCCCCUACGUCCUGAGCCAGUUACCUAGGGGCACGCUGAUCCGGUUCCCUGACCUUGGCCAUGCGCCUCAGAUCUCGAGCCCCACCUUGUUCCAUGAAAAGCUGCUGGGAUGGCUGGGAAAGUAA